AGAAGAAAACCCGGAAGUGGACAUUGUUUCGUAAUAGCGCAGCGGCGGGAACGGACCGGGGAGCCUGCUGAUGACGUAAACAAACUACAGCGAUUAUUGUUACAUCCAAAAACUCUAACAUACAUUGUGAAACGUUUUAACCAUGGUGUCCGAACAGCAGAAUGGGGCCAAACGGAACAUCUCCCCAGUUCUGUUUAUGACCGUGGAUGGUGAACCCAUGACCUUCUUCCUGCGCCCGGGUCCUGCUAAACUUAAGCUGCAGCCGCUCAUCACCGCUGGGGCCGGAGUGUUGUGCAAAGUGCAGCAGCCAGGAGCAAUCCUGCUCCUAGAACCAGAGGAAAGAGGCUCCAUUUCUGAAAGUACUACUCACUGGUUUGUGUCCACCCAGUAUAUUUUUGACUGUAUUGAGAAGAAUGAACAACUGAAUUUAGAGGACUACAAGUUAAAUCCUGUAGUGGUCCCAAGACAGUCAGCUAGACUCAACAAUAAGAAAGAGAUUUCAACUGGACACACGGAAGGCAGGCUUUCCUACUCUGCUGAAGAUGAUGCUGCCAUUUUGACUUAUGUCAGCAAGCACAAGUCAGAGACUGGGGGAAACCGACUUUGGCAAGAGAUGGAGAAGCAGAGUGUGACCAGCCACAGCUGGCAGUCAAUGAAAUCCCGUUACAAAGCACGACUGGCAAAGUCUGAGGUUGUGAAGGUGGCAACAACAGAAGAAGACACCAAGCCAGCAGAGAGCAAAACCAAGGGGACUCCACGUCCUCCGGAUGUUCGUCCACGCCGAGAUACACGACCGCCAGCCUGGAUGGAAGAUUACACCGUCUCCCUGCCAGCACAUCAUUCACCAUCACGUCAGGUUGACGCCUCUCACAAACAAGGAGCGGCAGCUCACUGUCCCAUCCAGCCUGAGUACGUAGAUGCCGCUUUCCAGAGUAUGCCUGCCUCUCCCCGACGGAGAGCUACGACGCCGGAGAUCCUCGGAGCCCUUCACGGGUUGAUGGAAGACAACCUCCGCCGCUCGGAGCAACGCCUUGGAGAUUUGGAAAAGGCAGGCCACAAAGUAAAAGCGCAAACGGAGGAUCUUAGCGAUGCACCUGAAUCCGGGGUCAUACCACAUCACAUGGUAAAAGACCAUGAAGAGACGGCUGUUCAAAAAGCCUCCCGUCCAGAAGAUCCUGCCUCUGCUCAAACCCGUUUGAUGGAAACCGACCAAACACAAGUGGAGGAAGUGAAACAUGUGGACCCACAGGCCGAUGAACAACCGUCGGAGAGCAAAUGCGGGGAGGCUGCAGAAGCUGAAACGUCAAACUCUCCCCACCCUGAGGGACCUUGUUUGGACCCACAGACUGAUACAGCUGAGAGUGGAGAACCAGAAGCUGAAGAACCACAAACGCACGUCAUGUCCCCUCAAAAAAGUGCGCCAUGCGGUUCUCCUCCAGCUGAGCCCGAGUACCUGCAUGACACAUCUUCUCCGAAAAAGUCCAAGGAGAAGCAGAAAGUCUCCCCCAAGCUGGAUCAACUAGAGCGCAGAGCAACGCGGAGGCAGCUCGCACCCGAGAUGCCUCGCCUGCCCGAACCGUACAGCAGGAAACUCCGAUCAUCGACGACUUCUCCUGGGCGUCCACCGGCAUCUCCGCAGCCUUCGAAGAAAACAAAGUCCGCUCUUCAAGUGGACACGGUAGGAGAACAGCCUCCUCCUAAGAGACCCAGAGGAGACAGCGGGGCAGCAGGAGAGGAGGAGACGGGAGAAGCUGCCGUCCCUGAAACACAAGCAGGUACGGAGUCUAAUUCAGCACCACAGAAGAAGAAAGAAAAGAGAAAGUUGGGGAUUCUAGAGAUGGCUAUAAAGGAAUUUGAAGAUGGAAGUGAGUCGGAUGAGGAUGCCGGUCCUGAUAUCCAAACCCCGACUGAAGCGGCCGCGACGCGACCCACAUCAGCAGAGCGUCUGCCGCCGCCAUCGGACACGGCUACAGGUGCCGUUUCCACGGCGUCCAGCCCCGAACUAGUAGCGAGUCCCCAGGGGGACACACAGGAAGCCGAGCCGCCCGCCGGCAACGGCCUCCCUGCACCUGUGGCCAGCGAGGCUGUCGAUGCGCCCUCCAAAGUCCACCUGUUCAUAUUUGACAGUGAAUCUCAGGAGGACUCUCAGUCCAUUAUCGGGGACCAUCCCGUAGCUCCGUCCAAACCGCGGGCCGCGGUGCACACAGACGCCGUCCUUUCGCUGACCCAGGUGCAGUUGGACGAGGACAAACAGCGAAUCAAAGAACUGAUGAGCCAGACCAACCAGGACUUGGUCAGUGUGACCAAAGCCCUGUUGAAGACCAGCGGAGACUUCUCCGCCGCCCUGGAGCAGCUUUUGAAUCCCACCUCCAUUUCAGGGCCGGUGUGGAAUCGCUGCGACGACAGUCUUUUGUUCUCAGCGGAUCCCGAAGUCCGACAGCAGCUGCGAGAGAAGUACGGCGAGCAGGACGUGGCCAAAAGGAUUGUUUUCCUCGAAGCAGAAGGGUAAAAAUGAGGGAGAGGUGGACUCUGAUAGAAUAAAGGUAAAUCAGAGAGGAGAACUCAUUUAAUAUAUCUGUUGACUGGUGGGGAACUUGUGAGCUGGUUGGCUCAUGUUGGACUCUUUCAGACAGAGGAAAUUGGACUUUAUAGCUGCUGUUCCUGACUAACUUUUAAGAGAUACAAUCAAACAUUAAACUGGUGGUUUUAAUAUUACAUGUUUAAGGUAUAAUAAGUCAAGGCCAAUUCUCUACAUUUAUUUGUUCGGUAGCAGAAUCUUUUAACGUGUUCAGAGUAAAAAUAAUAUUUUAUGUGUUUUUUUAUUUGCAUUAUAUUGACUUUCUUUCCAUUGCAUAAAAACCCAUGUUUUAUAUAAUAAAUAUACUAUUCUAAAUGUA